CGGGCGGCGAUGGCGGCCGUACGGGGCCUGCGAGUGUCGGUGAAGGCUGAGGCCUCGGCGGGGCUGGCCUUGGGGCUCCCGUCGCCUGAGGCGGAGUCCGGUUUGGAGCGUGGCGAGCCGGAGCCCAUGGAGGUGGAGGAGGGCGAGCUGGAGAUUGUGCCGGUGCGGCGCUCGCUGAAAGAACUGAUCCCGGACACAAGCAGAAGAUAUGAAAACAAGGCUGGCAGUUUCAUCACUGGAAUUGAUGUCACCUCCAAGGAAGCAAUUGAAAAGAAAGAACAACGAGCCAAGCGCUUCCAUUUACGAUCAGAAGUAAAUCUUGCCCAAAGAAAUAUCGCCUUGGACCGAGACAUGAUGAAGAAAGCAAUCCCCAAAGUGAGACUGGAGACAAUCUACAUUUGCGGAGUAGAUGAGAUGAGUACCCAGGAUAUCUUUUCCUAUUUUAAAGAAUAUCCUCCGGCUCACAUUGAAUGGUUGGAUGAUACCUCCUGUAAUGUGGUUUGGCUGGAUGAAAUGACAGCCACACGAGCUCUUAUCAAUAUGAGCUCUCUGCCAGACCUGGAUAAGAUAAAAAGCAGGGAUGCCAAUGAGGACAAGUCAUCUGAGAAAAGCAAAAAAGACAAGCAGGAAGACAGUUCAGAUGAUGAGGCUGAAGAAGGAGAAGUUGAAGAUGAAAACUCAAGUGAUGUAGAGUUGGAAACAUUAUCUCAGGUAGAAGAAGAGUCUCUGCUAAGAAACGAUCUUCGUCCAGCUAAUAAACUUGCUAAAGGAAAUAAGUUAUUCAUGAGAUUUGCUACAAAAGAUGACAAAAAAGAACUUGGAGCAGCCAGAAGAAGUCAGUAUUACAUGAAAUAUGGGAAUCCAAAUUACGGAGGCAUGAAAGGAAUUCUUAGUAAUUCUUGGAAGCGAAGAUAUCAUUCCCGUCGCAUUCAGCGGGAUGUGAUCAAGAAGAGAGCCAUGAUUGGGGAUGAUGUUGGCUUGACGUCCUAUAAACAUCGACAUUCCGGACUAGUGAAUGUUCCUGAGGAACCCAUUGAAGAAGAGGAAGAGGAGGAGGAGGAGGAGGACCAGGACAUGGAUGCCGACGACAGGGUGGUAGUAGAGUACCAUGAGGAGCUCCCAGCUCUCAAGCAGCCCCGGGAGCGGAGCUCAUCCAGGAGGUCCAGUGCCAGCAGCUCAGACUCCGAUGAGAUGGACUAUGAUCUAGAACUGAAAAUGAUUUCCACUCCUUCACCAAAGAAAAGCAUGAAAAUGACUAUGUAUGCUGAUGAAGUGGAAUCUCAGUUGAAAAAUAUUAGGAACUCCAUGAGGUCAGAUACUAUAUCAACAAGCAAUAUCAAACACCGAAUCGGUAACAAAUUACCAACUGAGAAAUUUGCAGACGUCCGACAUUUAUUAGAUGAAAAACGUCAGCACACACGUCCACGGCCAUCAGGCAGCAGUACUAAAUCAGAUAUACGCCAGCGGUUAGGAAAAAGACCACAUUCUCCAGAAAAGGCUUGUAACCCUGUUGUUCGGAGAGAACCCUUUUCUGAUGUUCAUAGUAGGCUAGGUGUUCCCAAGCAAGACAUUAAAGGCCUCUAUUCUGAUACUCGGGAGAAGAAAUCAGGUAGUUUAUGGACUCGCUUAGGAUCUGCAUCCAAGACCAAAGAAAAGAACACGAAGAAAGUGGAUCAUAGGGCUCCUGGCACUGAGGAAGAUGACUCCGAGCUGCAAAGGGCAUGGGGGGCUCUGAUUAAGGAGAAAGAACAGUCUCGCCAAAAGAAGAGCCGUUCAUCCAAAGAGCAGAGAACUGAACUUCUCACUAUUGCCUUGGCCCUGACAGCUGUUACCAGCACCCUUUUCCCAAGAAAAGUCAAUUCCCAGGUGCUUAUUGGACAGCCUUCGAGGGGGAAGAUGAGGGAAGCUGCCAGCUCACUCUUCCAGGACCCUAGUGUGGGGCCGAAUCUCAUGGACCUGACUCAGAGGUGCACCAGUGCCGCCCAGGUAGAUCACAGACACAGCGUCGGUCGUGCUUCCGUUCCUCCUGGAGAUACCUGUUAGGGACCUCUUGUUAGCAGUCGGCUUGCCGUGAAGAUCAAGUUCAGUACUGGGGGAUUUUUAGGAACAAAAACUGUGACUUCUGGAUUUGGGAUGGAUUUUUUUGUGCUAGGGGUGGGGUCACGGGGUCAUGUUGAACAAUUUCUAAGUCUGUAUUAUGUUUAAAAAAUAUUAAUGAUUUAAGGUUUAAAUUUUUAAUUUUUAUAUGUGAAAAUACUUCCUGUUGGCUACCAGGGAAGCUCAAGUGGUGUCUAAUGUGCUGUUAAAUAUAUAUUAUAUACUUUGGAAGAAGGCAAAGAGAGGAGUCUCAUUAUUUUUAAAUGAUCCUAAUUGUAUUGUCUGUUGUACAUAGAGUUCAGCUUGCCUUUGGCCAUUGUAGGAAAAACACCCACCCCUCCGAGAUGGCGUCCUGUUGUUCAUUAUCCCUUUAGAAGUAAUGCAUUGACCUUUUUUCUGGCACCUGGAGACAUCUCAAAACUGGCAAAUGACGUAGUGAUAGAAAUUUUAGUUCAUUUAUUUCUAGUUUUAGUUCGAUUAUUUUAACUAAAAGGCAGUAGACUAAUUUGUUUUCCUGUCUGAUGUUUAUUUUGAAGUAUUUAAUGCUUGCAUUCCUCUGCAGCUUAAAAAGGGUGUUUCACUUCAGUUCACCAGCACUUGGGAGUUAGGGAUAGUGAGCCUUGCCCCUUUUGUGAUGUCACAGCUCUCCACCUGCCUGGAGCGUCCCAGUUCCGGUGCAACCCUGCAUUCUAGAGCUCCUCCUCGUCUUGUGGCUGAGCUCAUUAGUGUUCCCUGGAGAGCUGAUCGAGUGCAGAGCACUGUUGUUAAUCACGUAAAGGGCUGUGGGACGUGAGGGCUGCAGCAAAGCCUGCAUUGUCCGUAUUUUGUUGCUUAACCUGCUUUUUUCUCUCUAGAAAGAUUAGAACAACAGGCCCAUGAUACGUUUCACCUUCCUAAUAGGAUUCCAGGAAAGAGAUAGUUUAGGCUUCUCUGCCAGGUGAGACCUGAGGUUGCUGAGGCUUCUUAGCUCCUCUUGCUCUUUGAAGCACACUGAGAGCCAGGUUCUGGAGGGUUUGGGAGUUGAUCGAGUGAGAAAUACGAGGCCCUGAGAGUCAGGGACCUGGGCGCCACCCCGCUGUGUUCCAUGAGCUGGGCCUUGGUUUCCCCAUUUAGCAAAUGACUGGGCUGGAACCAGAGCUUCGGGCUUUGUUGGUGUGUCUCAGUGGUAUUUGACUUUUUGCCCCAGUUAUGGCUGCAGUAAGCUGGCCAGCACUGGUUUCUGUUGCAGGUGGGGGAAGGGUCAAGGAGUCAACUGAGGUUGUGCAUGAGGUUGUGGACAGGGAUUUACCCCAUCCAUUCCAGUCUCUGGGUGGGACAGAGUCUUUGUGGUCAGGGCCCCAACUGACAAGGUCUCUGGAGUGUUCAGAAAAGGCCCCUCCAGGUUUUCCUUUGCGUUUCCCAGCAGUGGAGCAGGCUCCUCUGUCCCAGGGCCGUUGGGUCCUCCCCGGUCUCCGGUAGAGACCAGGGAAGACUUUUCAGGUGAGUGGUGGAUUGUAGUCAAAACCGGGUCUUCGAUUUAACUAAGAAAAGUGCCCACUUUAGCAGCUUGGCAAUUCUCACAAACACACAGAACCCAGAAAAGGAUCUUAAAAGAUUUUCAGUGUAUUUCUGAACGUUAUUGGCCUCAGCCUCUCUCGCUCUCCAGCCUGUACUCAGAUACUCAGAUUGUGCAGUAUGUUAGGCGUGCCCCGAGUGCUCAGCCCCUUCCUUUGGGGCUUGGGAGUGAGAAUGGACAGUCAGGACAGUCCCCUGGCAGGAGCUCAGUGGGCUUUUACGCGUGGCGCUCUUCAUGGAUGUGGGCAGCAGGACUACGCACUUUUCAUAUUUCUCUUCGUCUUUAUACGUACAAGAUUUUAAAUACAUUUAUGCUGCUUGAUAAUAAUUAGAUACCUCAUUUGUUUCCCACUCUACCUCUUGGGAGAGGUACCA